AUGGACGUAUCUCCGGUCCCAGACCAAGAAUCAGCAGAUCUGCAAGGCACGCUGGUUAGAUUGCUUAUUUCGGAGUCGAGAUUCUUCUUCGAGCCUUGUUCGGACGGAAAGCGGAUUCCUACCUGGUCGUGGCCACACCAGUCCCAGCAGGUUGAAGGCGCUGGUGUCUACCUCCCAUUGCCCCUUCGGGUUGACCAUGCUCUUUCUGUCCCCCCAUGGCCGCCACGAAAACGCCUCUCCACCCACGAGCAGUACUCCGCUGCCGUCCGUGGUCUGGAGACCGCUGUUUAG